CGUCGCCGGAGAACGACAUCACUCUACUGAUUGAGGUGGUCUGUUCCUUUGCUACACUUGUCGGAGUGAAAUGCCAUCGUUAAGUUCUUCAACAACCACUGAAGAUAUGGACGUUAUUAACUGCAGUUUUCAGGUCUUGAUACGGUUCCCACACACCAUGUCUGCACGCCUCACAGCCAUCGUUACUUGUAUUAUAAGCUCACUGGGCUUGAUGGCUGCUGUGUCAUGCAAUACGUUAUUUAUCGUAGCCUUUGCGCGGACGCGAGAACUUCGUACUUACGCGAAUCUAUUCCUUGUCAGCCUAUCAUGUACUGACUUACUUGUAGGCUCCAUUGUCGAACCACUGUAUAUAACGCGGCAAACUCUGGCACUAUCAGGAAUAGAUGACUGUGGUGUUUGGAUCGCUUACUUGACAAUGGCACUGUUCUGUACGGGUGCAUCUUUUCUGAACCUCACUUUAAUAAGCUGUGAGAGAUAUGUCGCAAUAUUUUCCCCACUAAACUACAUGCGACUGGUGACAAAAUCUCGCGUUUUGAGCAUAAUUGGUGGAGUGUGGCUAGCGUGGGUAACACUGACCUGUGUGCGUUUUGCUGGAAUACCAAACCGUAUUGUAUACCUGAUUUGUUUCGCUGUCAUUGGCUCAUGCUAUGCUAUUACGGCUUUUGUCUACUUCUUUAUUUUCCGAGAGGCCAGAAGACAUCAUCGAAGGAUCGUUAGCGAACAACAAAACUAUGAUCCUCUCGCUCCGAGUGUAGCGCGCGAAACUAAACUUGCCAAAACGAUGGCGUAUAUAUUUGGUGCGUUGUUGGUUUGUUACCUACCCGGGAUGACAAUUUUACUUAUCCGCACAAUUAAAGGCGACUCGCCUCAAUUAUUGUACAAUUACUACCCAUGGGCAGAAAACUUGAUUUUUUUGAACAGUGCUCUGAACCCAAUGAUUUACUGCUGGCGCAAUCGUGAAAUACGCCGGGCAGUUUUUCGGGUUAUCAAUCCAGUGUUAAGUCAGAUGUUCAAUCGCCAUAUCGCCUCCUCGAUAAAGGUGGGGUAUGUUAACGAAGCUGGAUCUAGGACUCCGAAAACUGAAUACGGAACCUGUGUUUCUGGCAGAAGAGUUCAAACAUCUCCCAUAACAAGAGACGUCGAGAUACAAUCAGUUUGCUCAAGGGAGUAACAAGUGGAACAAUUCUCAAUAACCAGCCUGUGGCAAUAACUUUUUUUUUUCCUGCUAAGGGAAGAUUCUUAUCACAUCAAGUGCUAAUGACUCGAAUUCAUUGACAUCUCUUCGUAACUUCAAGACUCAGUGAAGGUGCUUUAUCACAAAAGAGACAACUUA